AUGCUUCCUCGUAUAAGUAAUAUCAAGUUCUCCAAGUCGCCAUUAUCUCCAGCCAUUAACGGGCCUCCUGAAACCCACAAACGUUUCACUGUAGAUACUUACAAAUUAAUUAUCCGUUUGUAUAUUUCAGACGUCAGUGCUCUUCCAAUCCCAAAUAUCACAAACAAAAUAUAUGGAAGCAUCACCUAUAGCGCCAAUAUACGACUAGAUUGUGAGAUAACUGGAUCACAUGAUCUAGGCUGGUAUAAAGCUUCUAACCGUCUCAGUAGUAGCAGUUCUCCUAAAUCUGGCAGACGGUUCGCAAUACUGACAAUUAAAAGUUUCACUGAAUUCGAUGAUGGUCUUUAUUUAUGUAAAGCAAAAUGGUCACAUUGGACAACUGAAGACAAAAUUUACCUCAAAGCAGCGGAAGGUACACGUCUAUACUAUAGUGUAGCUACUGUAUAUUGUCGACUUUCAUUUGCAGUAUCAUAAAUUUAUAAGAAUCCUCCAUGAAUCUUAGCGAAUCAAACGUUCGAUUAACUAAAGGUGUAGGUAUACUACUACACACAUGCAGUAGGAUCGAACUAACUACCAGGAAACCGAACACAGUUCGGAUGUUUAUCAAUUAAAACUCUUUAUCUCUGGACACUGUUACUGAAAGACCCCGGGUAAAUUAAAAUAACACUGUUCGAUACAUCGUUUAAAAAUCUUUACACAUCACCUAUGUUUGUUUAUUCACAAUGCAAUGCAAGCGAUUUAUAUAGCCGCUUGAAUUUGAACGAUGUUUUAAUGUCGAUAGACGAUAAUUCCUUAACAAAUUCUUUACUUUAUGGCUAAGAUCUAGAUAUCCUUCGAUUUGUCUUGAAAAUGUCUUCUUUAUAUGACGUGUUUUUGAAGCAGAUGAUUUAAAAUCCAAACAUUUCGAUUAAUCAUAGCAGUUUUUGCCCACAUAGGCCGUUUGCUGCGUCCCGAUAUCGUUCACUUUCAUUUCCCAUGUCUUGUCUUGGACUGAAAUAUUUUUACGAGAACUAACACUUUCGAACACGCUGAGUUCCCGCUCCGUAGACCUGCAGUUUUCUCACAAACUGCAAUUUUAUAGCUUCACUAAUUUCACGCCAACUUUUUUCAUUGUUCAACGACACGGAUCGAUGACGACAGACGAUUAUGUCACUCAAAAGGACCAAUUUCUAUUAAGCAGUCUUCCUUUUAACAAAAGACCGGUUUUGCUCGAAUCAUUUUGAGUUAUGUAAUAUUAUGCGUGUUGAACGUAAACAACAUAUCUUUUCUGCAACUUUGAGAAGGUACAGAUAAAGCUUUCUAGAAUCCUCAGUUCUGGCUCUAUCUCUAUAAAAUCACAAGGACGUUAAUGUUAAGUCUUUUGGCUAUGUCUCUGUGCUGAGAAAUAACUCUUUUAACGCGAUCAAGGUAUUUAUAACAAAAGUAAUGCGAAGUCAACGGAACGGCAAAGACAACACUAAAAUGAAAUAUUGUCGAUGGAUUGCUGGUAAAAGACUUUCAACAGGAUCACUCUUAAAUGAUCUUAAACUAGAAUAAUAAAUGUUCACACCAAAGACAAAGAUCAGUGCCAAAGUAUAUAAAAUCUGCUCUGUAAACUUACGACGAAGUGGAGAAAUGUGUGCAUGAGCUGUUUAUUUGGUAAUUUCAACAUAUGAAAGCCCUCUUUCCAAUAAUACUCGCUAAUCGCACAGAAUAUAUAACACCAACUGAUAUAAUAGUUCAAAUGCAAUGAUAAGUUACCUCUUGAAUUACGCCUCAAAAACUGUGUUGGAAAUUUAAAUGCUGACCCAUUACAUAACAUUACCGUUCUACAUCGCUGUAUAAAACAUUUUUAUCGCAUGUAAGGAAUUAUUUCCUUGUAAUUUUAUAGAGAUAGAGCCAGAACUGAGGAUUUUAGAAAGCUUUAUCUGUACCUUCCCAAAGUUGUAGACAAAAUAUGUUGCAUGUACGUACAACACGCAUAAUAUUACAUAACUCAAAAUUAUUCGAACAAAACCGGUCUUUUGUUAAAAGGAAGACUGGUUAAUAGAAAUUGGUCCAUUUGAGUGACAUAAUCGUUUGUCGUCAUCGAUCCGUGUCGUUUAACAAUGAAAAAAAUUGUCGUGAAAUUAGUGAAGAUAAAAUUGCAGUUUGUGAGAAAACUGCAGGUCUAUCGAGCGGGAACUUUUCGGAUUUGAACUCAGCGUGUUCGAAAGUGUUAGUUCCCGUAAAAAUAUUUCAGUUCCAAGACAUAGGAAAUGAAAAUCGUUUUCUAGGCACUUUUCGGGGUCACAGCAAACGGCCUAACAGCCACAAGCAGGUGUCAAAAUUCAGUACCGUAUUUUAGGAUUACAGCCGAGGUUUUCUAAUGCUUUAUCAUGAUCUUACUAUAUAUACGUAAAGAUAAAGAAGCCAGAGAUAUACCUAGGGGCGAAAUUUGGCCAGAGAUAUACCUAGGGGCGAAACUACCGGAGGAGUAUGAAAAGGGUGACAUCCCUCCAUACGAUUGUGACAUACGGGGUGACACCCCUUCAUACGAUUGUGACAUACGGGGGUGACGCCCCUCCAUACAAUUGUGACAUACGGGGUGACACCCCUCCAUGUUCAAAUCAAUACGACUUUGUUGGACAAAUGUUGGAAAUAACCGGACGAUUUAAUCAUUCUUGCAGCAGAAAAAUAUGUCGCAGAUUAAAAGAUUAUACAUUGUAGUCAGUGAAUGAUGCUUUUAAAAGGUUUUGUUAAAUGGGAAUCACCAACCUUUUGAUCGGGAGACUCUCCUCCCAUUGACAGGCGAAAGAAAGAACCCCUCCAGUUGUAAUACCGAAGUUUUGCCCCUGGCUAUACCUCUUCGAUGUUUCGAAGCCUUUCGUAAGGAGGUUAGUAAUAGUCAGUAAAUAAACUUACAGUAUAUUUCUAAAUUUCAGACGACACUCUUCGCUCGAAAUGUUGAAGUUGUGUACGUUAAUCGUUUUCAAGUCGUUACGACCAAAACCAGGGAAAUGUAUUGUAGAAUAUUACCUAUACAUUGGACCCCAUGCAUGUUCUCGUAUACGCGAGUUUACUAGGUAGUUAUAGAUAUGACUUUUUAAUUCAGUAACAAUUUUAUAUAUUUUUCUCUAAAGUUAAACCUGUGAUUAAUCGGACGGAACCCAAAAAUAAAUUAACAAAAUUUCAUGAUACCCUGCAACUAAAAUGUGAAGUUAAUCCAUCGAAUCCAAGACCCGAGAUGAACUGGUAUGAAUGUGUUGAUGACCUAUUCAACUGCAGUACGAAUUCUCUUGGUUGGUUUGGAUUAAAGAAAGAGUCGUCAAAACUAACCAGUACGCUGAUUAUUAGAGAACAAGAAUUUCAAAAUGUGAGGUAUCGCUGUAUUGCAAGGAACAAGCUGGGUGAAGACAGUUCCACCUGGAAUGUUUUCGAUAAAAGUACGUUAUUUUUUUCAAUACAUGAUCAUUUAGCAUUUCAUGGUGCAUGCAGAAUUCCAUCACAUUUCAUAGAUCCUGAAAGGUUAGCACUUAGGUUAGCAUGAUUAUAACAGCCAGGUUGGUUGAGUGUAUAUAGAUAUAUACCAUAUGAUGAAUAUUUUAAUUUUUCAAAUUUGUGCACAAAAAAUUUAUUACAGAAUAAAGGUAACGUUUUCUUGUUGAAAUUUUAGUCACGUUAACGAACAAAAUGUUUGAUGAAAAAAAUAUUUCGACCUCACUCGCCCUUGCAAAAACUGCACAAAAUACGUGAAAUGUUGCAAUUCAACAUAUGAACUAUAAUUGAAAAUUCUGAAUUUCACAUUAUGAAGUGUGCAUUUUCACAUGUGAACUGCUCCAAUUGAACAUAUGAAAUAACAAUUUCACAUGUACUAGAUAAAACAUGAGCAGCCGAUCUUUAUCUGAUAUACAAACUCGAGCCGAAGGCGAGAGUUUGUAUAUCAGAUAAAGAUCGGAUGCGAAUAUCGUGCAUGCUUAUAAAACGACCCAUCUUAUGAGUUCAUUGGCGAAGUAAUUUUAAAAAUAAACAUUGUCUAAGCCAAGAAAAUCAAAGCUGAAGUUUAUGUAAAUCAGGACAAAUCUUUAUGCGAUGUACAAACAUUGAUUAAACAUUCAUUUCUUUUGUAUUUUCCUCAUGAAUUAUUAAUGAGUUUUAUAAGUGAAGUUAACUGAUUUCAAUAUGUCAGAGUCUCGAAGAAUACAUGAAACUCUAAUUUUCAAAAAGAUUAUGUGAAAAUUGUGAAGUUCACAUACGAAAUGUCCAUUUCAAUUCAUUUUCACAUGUGAAAUGUUCAAUGAUGAUCUGCUUCACUAUUUCAUAUUUUUAAACUUUUAUAGGAGGUAUACCUCACAUGAAAGCAAUGAUUAACAAAGUACCAAUGUAUGAAAUUUUUGGUGUUAACGUCACAAUAACAUGUCAGUGUAAUGGAUAUGUUAUCAUGGAGUGGUUACGAGAUGGACACAAAAUCCCUACGAUGAUAGAUGCUAGUCAUGCUACUUCUUCAACUGGAAGAUUCAAUAUCACCAGGAAAAUUAUUCAAAUUAAAAAUUUCAGUAAAACUGAUGAAGGAAAAUAUGUAUGUCGUCUGAAGUACAGCAAGUACAAUUGGACUAAUUUCAACACUGUUAAUAUAAGUAUGGAAGGUAAGGUAGGACAAAGCUAUUAGAGACCUUACGAUUUUAGAACGGCAACGCGACGGCCAAAAUAAACUCCUUCAAAUAAAUGGUAGUAAAGAUACUUCGUGGUAUAUUAUCAAUUGUAUGAAUUUAACACAGUUUUAGAAGUUGAAGACAUUGGUUUUAUGGUUGGGAAGAGCUCUGCUGAACCCAGUUCGAAGUUGCACUUGUUGCAGCUUGGAAUGCAGCCGUUGUAUCAAGACGUGAAAAUCUGUAAGUUGGCGUUGUAAACAGAGCGAGGACAAUGUCUAAAUUAUUCAUAGGCUGGAUCGAUAUACCGGAUAUAUCCGAUAUACCGGUAUUUGUUUUGAUACCGGUUUGGCGAUAUUGACAAUUUAAAAAUACCGAUAUACCGACAUUUCGGUAUUUUGCUGCCUAAUACCGAAAUGAAACGCUAUUUCAAGUCAAACUUGCUUACAAUCACGUUUAGAAAGCAAAGUUAAUACUCACAGAUGCAUGACAUGCAUGAAAACCUUUUCUGGCUUUUCAAGUUGUUUUUUUAUCGGGCAGUUUGUUGUUUUUCAUCUUAUUUAACUGACAUGCUAACUUGUUUAUGUGUUAGUUUUAAAAAUGCAACGUUUUUUAUGUUUAUAACUAAUAGCAGCUUACUGCAACACUAUCUGAAUUUAUAUAGCUACAAAACGAAUAUUUUUCUGAAUGAUUCAACACUUCGACGCCCUACUAAUAAUUGCCGCUUAGCGCUGUUAAUUGUUAACAUAGCUUGAUAAUGCGAAUCUUGUGACAUUUGCACUAAUAACAGUGUGUGCCACAUUAAUAUUUUGUCAAAACUUGAUUUUUCUUGACGGUCAGCACUUCAGUUUGGCUUAAAAAAAAAACACGUUAAAAAUACCGGAAUACCGGUAUUUACCGGUAUUCUGAUGGCGGUAUAUCGGUAUUCGGUAUUUGCGAUAUCGAUCCAGCCUAAUUAUUCAUAUAUUGUAAUUACUCAAUUGUUUUCAAUGAUCUAUUGUAUUGGUAGCCGUUGCCGUCGCGUUGCCGUCCUAAAAUCGUAAGGUCUCUAUUGUAAGGGUUGACGUGCUUACUUGCUCAAAGUGUGCCGGAACAAGAUCAUGCUGAUAUUCGAUUAAUAUCGUUCCUCAGCAAUGCCUGCAUAGUGUACAAAUGGUGGGUUUCAGUAUUAAGUGUUGACAGACAGACGAUGUUGGUCAACUUGAUCAAUCAAUAAAGAAAGUAAGAAACUAACUCUGGGUAGAAUUCCAUCUUGAAACUCAAUAUUUAUGGAAAACAAGAGGAGACAUGAAGAUUUGACCAGGGCUGUGCGAAACGGAGAAGAUGCUUUUCAAUUCAUAACACUAAAUAACUAGGCUAUUGAACAACGGGGAAAACUGAUCUCAAUAAUAGAGUGCAGUGCUGUUUUAUUACUUAUACAAAAACACCAUUUUGAAGCAGUUCCGUCAGGCAUCUCCUACCAUCUUGCACUGAUGAAACCCACGUCUUUCCUUAUCAGGACUAUCUGGCAACGCUACAGUCAACACUAAUUUACAUCAAGUACAGUAAUACUCGACUCUUUUCCAGUCUCUCUUGAAUUCCGACAUUUUUGCAGUAGUUACUCCUCGCUUAAAAAUAAGAAAAAUCACGAAAAUAAAAAUAAGAAAAAUCACGAGAACAAUGGUGACGAAAUGUAUCUAUAGGUCUCAUCACAUGCAAAUUAACAAGCAUGCAGGUUAUCGAGGAGAAGAAUGUACGCGAUUUUGAAUGCAGGAAACAGCGUUUCAGAGCUCUCAGAAUUUCAAAAUUUCCAAUGUGAUUAUUGCAUUUUCAAUAUUAUCAUCGUGACUACGGCUCUGCAAGAUUCAACUGUAAUAUUUCCAGUUUAUUGAUGAAUUUGUAAUAAAUUCGAACUAUUACUGUUGAAUCCUGUCUCCCUUGUUUUUCUAAAUUCAAUAUUGAGUUUCAAGAUGACACUUCUAUUAGGAUAUAUUGUUUCUUACUUUAACUUCAGUAGUGUUUAUACUCUUAUUUAUUUCUGCCAAAUACAAGGCUAGUACAUAUUAAAAGGAAAGAAUUGCCAUCAUUUUCUAACUCUGAUAGCUGCCGGUUGAUAACCAUCUGCUGUGUGACUGACAUUAUAAUAAUAGUAAAUCCCAUGCACCAAUGGCAAUGGAUUAUAUAGAUUUUACUAAUUUACUGUUCAGUUGCUUUACUGCUGCAGCAUACAUGCAAUAUUCAAAUAUAUUCCUAUUUCGUUGUUAGCCGUCCCAAAUAUUAAAGCACCAGAAAACAAAGAAAGAAAAAUUAUCAAAUACACAUUUCGUGAAGGAUUACAAUUACAUUGUUAUAUGAUAGAAGAAGGAAUUCCUCGUGCAAGCCUGGCAUGGGAAAGAUGUAUUUGCGAUGUAUCGUGCUCCAAAUGUACACAGUGGUCGAAAUUACAAAAUGCUACAAGAGUCAGAACAGUUCGUCAUCAAAGCACUUUGACUAUCCAAUCACAAACCUCUGAAGAAGUGAAUUACCGUUGUAAGGCAAAAAAUAUAGUUGGCAACGAUGAACGUGUGUGGACCAUAGUGAAAAUAGGCGUUAUAGGUUAGUGUAAAUCUGAUUUGCAAUAAAUAAACAUUCAAAAUGUAUUAUGCAUGCAAAAUUAUAGUGAAGUAAAAAAUUCCCACAUGAUCAUGAGUUCCAGGCAAUAAAUUCGAAAACUAUUUAGACAAGAAAUUAAUUUCCAAAAAUCAGUCUAAACAUGCACCAAUCAAUCCCCUUGUUUUGAUCACCAUGAAGAAAGGAAGGUGAACAAUAUAGUUGAAGUAAUAAGUUUUUUAAACGCUCUUUGGUUUUAAAUACAGUUAUUUAGUACGAGCUUUCGACUGCCAGUCUGUAGUCUUCAACGGGUAGAUGCAGAAGAAGAAGACUGAGUCUUUUUCUUCUGCAUCUACCCGUUGAAGACUGCAGACUGGCGGCAGUCGCAAGCUCGUACUACAUAAAUAUUUAAAACCAGAAAACGUCUAAAAAACGUAUUAUGAAUAAUCCUGUUUUCAACAUUUCCACUGAAACAGGAAAUUUUUCCAAAUUUACAUGGACGUUGCUUAUCAGUGGGUUAGGGAAGAUUUUCACUUACAGAGAAAUGGAAAAAAGUCGCUUACUGCGAAAAAAGUCAUUAGUGUAUGAAAACCUCGAAAUCUAUUUGUUUCAUUAAUAAAUAACAGUUCUUCCAGUUUCCCCAGACUGAUAUUGGUCUCUCUCGUCCACAUCUACUUCUUACCACGGUCCUGUCCCCAGAAUGCCUAAAAUUACCAUCUUACAGAGUAUACAAAGUUUAUUCUUGACUAUCCACAGGACCUAACGUAUGCCGACAGACUCGCGAAGAUCAAGAUUCUCCCUCUUGAGUUCAGAAGAGAUAUCUCAGACAUAUGCCUACUUUUUAAAUCUAGAACUGGAGCAAUUACUACUGAUGUGAACAAAUAUAUAUAUAUGUACUUUUGAACCUGGAUACCAAUCAAGAAAUUAUGAUAAAAACAACUAUAAGCUUAUAAUUAAACACAAGCAGGACUAUUUUAGAAAUUCUUUUUUCAUUAGAACGGUUGAACUAUGGAACACUCUACCGUCUCUUGUCAAAUCCUCCAAUUCUUUAAGUAUUUUCAAGUCUCAUCUUCAUAAGUUGUAUUCUACUAAGUUAUCGCAUUACGUACCUCCGGGCACUGCGUGAUCAGCGUUUACACAUUGCGACUUGUUGAACCAUCAUCCGGCCAUUAUCAUCAUAUUUACAAAUAUGUUAUAAAUUGACUCGUGAUUUCCAAAUUGAUUUUGAAUAAUUCAUAAUAGUAAUCUGCAUAGUGGGUAAGUCGCAGUGUGUAAACGUUCAGUGCUUUUAUAGUCACGAUUCAAACCUUAGCUAGUAUAAGUUGUUAUAACUAAUGUGUUAUAACCUGUUCUUUAUCUUUAUUUAUAUUUAACGUCUUUUUAGGGGUUAGGUGUCAAUUGGGACGAGAGUCCUGUUCCUUUCCCCUGUCACGAUUUGUAUCUGUCUUUAUUUGUCUUUAAUUAGUUUGUAUCGUGUAUAAAGUGACAAAUUCAUUAUAUUAUAUUAUUAUUAUAUUAUACAGCAGCUCCUUAAACAAAUAAUUGCCUUCGUCUUUGAGGCGAGCUAGCCGCCCGGCGCAGAUAUUACUGACGGGUUUAAAAUAUUACUAGAACGCCUUUAAUAUAUUUUAGGUGUGACAUCCAAGCAUUCAGUAACAUACGUGGCAAUCAUUGUAAGCAUUACUAUUGCGAUGCUUGUUAUGUCGCUUGUAUUUGUCUUUGUUCUUUACAAAAGAAAGAAACUCUAUGGAAAGUUUUACAUUUUCACCAAUCCGCCAUUACUUGAUUAUAUUGAAAGGAUCGACGGGAAGCGACUGCUAGUAGAACAAACUAACAAAUUACCAUAUUUGUCUGAAUGGGAGUUUCCCAGAGAACGUGUUUUUAUUGGUAAGUUUCCACUCUUUUGUUUCCGCAUUCAUUUUCAUUUUUGAACUUUAUUACACAACCUUUGAAACCCCAUGAAGAAAUUCAGAAUCAAAACGAACCCCAAGUGCUUGAAUUUCAAUUCUACAACAUAAUAUAUAAAGGCUAUAAAGAGCUAUUUUAUUCGUGCAGUUCAUUUAAUUUAAAAUGACACGCGACUACACGAGCUAUAGGUUUUCAUACUGAUUAAGUAUAUGCAUUUUAUAGAACUGUUGUUUCGUUCUGGUUGUUUUCCUUAGAACGGACAUUAGGCCAUGGUGCAUUUGGUCAAGUAUGCUUCGCUAAGGUGAUCGGUAUUGAAGCAUUUAACCCAAGAAGAACUUUAGAGGAAAAGUCAAAACAGUGGCGUCUCUCGGUCAUGCUAAACAGGGAACAUUACUCCUAUGUAAACUGCUCGAACGUUACAGAGGCGGCAGUUAAAAUGCUCAACGGUAAGCUUUGUAACCCUGGUUAUUAAUGUUUUUGUACUAAUUAAAGCACAAGCAGGAGUGCUUUAUGUCCUCUGUCCGAGUGUUUUAUAUCGGAUUUUAUGACUGCGAAUGUUUUAAAUGGCUUAAAAAACGACCCAUUUUAUGUCUUAUGAGUUCAUUGGUGAAGUAAUUUUAAAAAUCAACAUUGUCUAUGCCGAUAUAUAGAACCACAAUUUUCGUUUUUAUUAAUUUUAAAGAAAACUGGAACGAAGGUGAUCUGGAUGACUUACUCAGCGAACUUAAAAUCCUCAUCCAUGUUGGAGAACAUAAAAACGUCGUUAAUAUUCUUGCUGCUUGUACGAAAGGUAGCUAUACUUGAAUUAUAUGCACCCAAUGUAACAGACUUGAUGGUGAUAUAUUAGAGAAUAGAGAGCUUAAUAAGCAAGCGACGUUUUUUGACAACGCGCGGACACCAGGCUUACAUAAUUUAGCUAUAUAGCCGGCGGUUAAUUCUUGCUUGAAAGCAAAAACGGCAACCUGAUAUAUAGUGUUACGCCUGGUUUAACGCGUUCGUUAUUUCAAACAAGAAUGCAUGACUUUCGCCAUGAAUAACGUUUUAACGUCUCGAUUGACUUCCGGAGUUCCGGUCGGCGUUUGUUGAAUCAGAAACGUGCUGUCUAUUAUUUUUGUUGGUGAAACUUCGCCUCUUUGGCGACUUUUUCUCCACUGGUACGGGACCUGGGAAUGCAAUUCCUAAGAUUUCUACGAUUUCUACGGUGACUCGAUAUACUUUUCAAAUAAUUAAUGUGUACAACAGUUUGACAUUUUUAAUUAAACUUCGUAUUUUUAGUUUUUAUGCAGCAGAUAUUGGGAACUUUCUCCCCCCACCCCCCCCCACCCCGCCUCCCUAAUCUAUAUAGUGUUCAAAAAGGCCCUGAAUGCAUGAAACUGGACGAAUUCAAACACACUUAGCGGAUGCAGGCAAAUUUGCCGAGAAGUGUAUGCAGCGCUAACUUUGUUCGGCCUCGUGUUCAGUCUUAAAGGGUAAUAAUGUACAUAUUGUAAGCUUAUUUUGAAGAUCGUCAGUAUAUGUGUGUUAAAGUGCAAUGCAGACAAUGCAGAGUUUAUUCAAAACUGUGGAAUGUCCAGUGAAAACCGAGGGAUGUUGUUGUCAGACCAUAUUCCUUUAUCUUCCGGAGGUUUUCUCUAGUGGCCACGAUUAAGUUUGUUUGCAGAACAAAUUAAAAGACAUUGGCUUCGUGUUUGUGUCUUUCUGGUUAAGAACUUAAGUAAGGAAUCACAUUCCAGAGGUUACUCCGCAAAUGGAUUCGGAAACACAAGAAUGACUAAUUAUAUAAGCCGCUGAAAAAAAUACUGAAAGAAUCUGAAACAGCAAUGAAUAUAACCAUGGUUCUAAAUAAAUAAUAAUAAAAUGUAUUAAUAAACUGCAAAUAAAAUAUAUAUUGCAUAUUUAGGACAUCGCAGUAAAACGUGGAUAAUCAUGGAAUAUUGUCCUUAUGGUAAUAUGUCCGAAUUCCUAAGAAACAGACAAGACAUCUAUGAGCCUGAUUGGCUACAGUUAACUUCAGAUCAUGAUAGUAAACUGAGUAUCACUGAUCUCGUGGAGGCUGCUUCGCAAAUCGCAGGCGGAAUGGAGUUCUUGGCUUCUAGGAAGGUAGUUUACAUUCGAUGGGUCACGCGCCGACGCGCUUUUUUUUGUACUUUUGUUUAUAUAUUUUAUUUCAAAGUAGUCAGACAAAAAGAAGUCUGCUACAGUGGAUCCGGACCGGCCGUACGCGUUUCACUUCGCAUUACUUGCCUUAUUUCAAUAUGUUUCAACCAAAAUAUGUAAAGAAUGAAAAGAAACUACGCCCAUGUCUACACAUGCGCAAAACGAACUUGGCUGCCGCUUUAAAUAUAUUUCUCUUCAUUAACAAUGUUGGGGAGGGGUGUGCCUCUCUAUAAAAAGGCCAAGAGUAGCCCAUAGCCCGAAAUACCAGGACAGACCUGUAAAAAGUGUUUAAUAUUCCUCUGAUCCUAAUUUGCUUUUUUCAAAUGUUCCUCAAACGUGCGUAAAAACAGUUGAAAAUUUGACGGUAUUUCGCCAAAUUUAAACGUUGAACGCGACAACACUUCGCAAUCUCAAGUGACAGAUAAGGAAGUAUGAUAUAAUGAUUUUUUAAGAUUCUCCCAUGAUGUAUGUAUGAAAAAUUGAAAACGUUCCUCAAUCUUCUUUCUAAGGCACAUGUUCCUCAGGAUUCCCACUUUCAUCCAGGUCUGUACCAGAAAUCACUUCACUGCGAUUUCUAGUGCGAGUUUCUUCUGAUGCAUGUGAACGAGUGGAUGAGUUAUGAUUGAUCUAAGUAUGUGUACCUUCAUCUCAGCAUUCAUAAAUCAUCCACUCGUUCACAUCCAUCAGAAGAAGAAAAUCGCGACUAAAAUCACAGCGAAAAUUUCAAGUGUAGACUGGCCUUUGGUACCCCGGUGUUCCUGUUAAAUAUGACUGAAUUGUUUAUUGUUAUAUUCUCAGUGCAUUCAUCGUGAUUUAGCAGCAAGGAAUAUUUUGAUUGGUCAGAAUUUUGUUCCAAAAAUUGCUGAAAUUGGUCUCGCUCGUAACUUUUACAAGAAUGAUAUCUACCUUAAGAAAAAGUCGGUACGUUAUACCUAGAUUAUUGUACUUUACAUAUGUUCUAUCAAGUAGCCUGUUUAUUUCUCAAAAUAUUCGUCUUCUUUAAUGAUUGCGGAAUGAAACUUGUCAUCGCGAUUUAGUAAUUGUCAAUGAGCAGGCAUUGCAGGCAAUGGUUCUCUCAAGACGUAUAAUUUCAGUUUAGAUAUAUUGAAAAAAAGAAAUAUGUAUAUAUCUUUGAACACAUGCACUAUUAUUUAAACAAGGGGGUAAGUAGGAAAUAUAGUUACGCAAACCUUGUCUCAAGGUCAUCAUUCUAACUGAGGGCGAACCAGGAGUCAUUUGUCAGAAGCAUUAUGGCGUAGUCUUCCUGAUUAAAAAUUGAUUGACUGAUUGAUUGAUUAAUUGAUAGAAAUGGCGCAAUUACACUAUACUUAUAUAUACUAUCUGGAAUUUCCAAUCAUACAGGUCCAAGACUGAUAAAUAAUAAAUGCUGUGGGAGAAUGGAAGGUUUUUACAUAAUCAAAAAAAGAAAAUGAUUUAUCCGCAACGAUGCGCUUGAGCCAAGCCAAAAUAUAGAGAAAAUGCUUUCGAAAUACUAUUUCCUAGUUUUCCUUAGCUACUAAAUAAUUAAAUUUUUAAUGACAUUAUGUCACUUGUCGUAUUUAGUGACUAGAUGUGGAAUUUCCAAACAUACAGGUCAAAGACUGAUAUAAAUGGUAAAUGCUGGGGAAGGAUGGAAGGUUUUUACAUAAUCAAAAAGAAAAUGUUGUAUCCGCAACGAUGCGUUAGAGCCGAGCCAAAAUAUAGAGAAAAUGCUUUCGAAAUACUAUUUCCUAGUUUGCCUUUACAAUUAAACUCAGUUUUAAUAACAUUAUGUCACUCGUCGUUUUUAGGGAUUGGUGCCAGUGAAAUGGAUGUCUAUCGAAGCGUUACGAGAUCGUAUAUUUUCUGAAAAAUCUGACGU